AUGAGCCUUCGAAGCUCCGCGCGGAUUUCUUGGGUCAGCGCUGGGUCCUGGCGGCGCCCCUGGCGGCGCCCCCGGCGCGCUCCGCGCGCCAGGGGGGGAUCCAGCGCCCAUCCAAGAAAUUCGCGCGGACCUCCGAGAAAUGAUGCUUAUAUGGUCUCUCGUUCCUCUGGCAUAUGCAGACUUACGCGCUCGGAGGUCGCGCCGAUUCUCGAAAUCCUCGCAGAGUUCCAUGUGUGUCGUUCGUGCUGUCCUGGCCUCGCGGUCGCGUGCACGGCCGGCAAGCGCGUGUUGGUCGUCGGCUCGUCCUUCAUCGGCAUGGAGCUGGCGGCAACGCUCACGCGCCGAGGCUGCAAGGUGACCGUGCUCGGCAUGGAGAGCGUCCCCUUCGAGCGGGUGCUUGGCCGACGACUGGGGGAGGUGUUCCAGAAAUUCUUCCAGUCCAAGGGGGUCAAGUUCAUCGGUGAGGCCCGCUGCGCCGAGAUCCAGCAGGACGGGAGCAGCAUGCGGGCGGUGCUGAAGAGCGGCCAGGCGAUCCCCUGCGACGCCGUGGUGGCGGGCGUGGGCGUGGUGCCGAACGCCGGCUUCGUCGUGGGCGCGGAGAAGGCGCCCGACGGGUCCCUGCUCACCGACGAGUUUCUCAGCACCAGCGCAGAGGGGCUCUUUGCUGCCGGUGAUGUGGCGAACAUGUCUCCCUCGAUAGGCCGGCACGUCCGCAUCGAGCACUGGGACGUCGCCAUGAGCCAGGGGCGCGCCGCAGCGAGGUCCAUGCUGGGCAUCGGGGAGAGGUUCGAUCAGACCCCGUUCUUCUGGACCUCCCUCUUCGGCAAGAACCUUCGAUAUCCAUUCGACGAGAUGCUGGUGGAUGGCAACCACGAGGAGCUGAAUUUCGUGGCCUACUACUGUCACAAGGGUGUUGUGAAGGCCGUGGCUACCAUGGGACGGGAUCCGACUGCCGUCGCAGCCGGAGAGUUGAUGCGGCUGGGAAAGAUGCCUUCGGUGGACGAUCUCAAAGAGGGCCGAGCGACCACGCUUGGCCUUUCCGCUGAGCUGAAGCGCCUUUGCCAAGCCGACUGA